AUGGAAAAGACGCACGCUACCGACGACCACGUCGCGCUCGAGGCGCAGGCAGAUUACAAGCACCUCGACCAGGCUCCGAGCAAGAUCAGCUCCGAGCAUGAUCAGGAUCAUGGCUUCACUCCCGAGGAGCAGAGGAGCAUCAUACGACGCAUUGACCGUCGUCUUGUUGUCACUGUGGGAGCCAUGUACUGCGUCUCCCUCAUGGAUCGAACCAACAUGAGCGCCGCCAACAUUGCCGGCAUGAGUGUUGAGCUGAACCUCAUUGGCUUUCGAUACAACAUUUGCAACCUCGUCUUCUUCAUCCCCUACAUCCUCUUCCAGCCUCCCUCCACGAUCCUCAUCCGCAAAAUCGGCCCGCGCAUUCACCUGGCCCUCAUCACCAUGUGCUGGGGAGCCGUCAUGAUCGGCAUGGGCUUCGUCAAGAAGUUUCCUCAGCUUGCUGCUCUCAGAGCGGUCCUCGGUGUCUUCGAGGCUGGCUUCUUCCCCAGCUGUGUUUAUCUCCUGAGCACAUGGUACACACGAUAUGAGGUUGGUAAGCGAUAUUCCGCCUUUUACCUCCUCGGCUGUGUUGCCUCCGCCUUUUCCGGUAUUCUCGCCUACGGUCUCAUGCAGCUCAACGGUCGUGAGGGUCUCACGGGCUGGCGCUGGAUCUUCAUCAUCGAAGGUGUCCUCACCGUGGCCCUGGGCAUCGCCGGUUACUGGCUCCUCGUCGAUUUCCCCGACUCGAAGCGAAAGACUUGGUCCUUCCUCGGCCAGCGUGAGAGAGACUGGGUCGUCAGCCGUAUCCAUCGUGACCGUGGCGAUACCGAGGUCCCCGCUUUCGAGCUUGGCAAGUUCCUCGGUGGUGCCAAGGACUGGAAGGUUUGGGCUUAUGCUCUCAUCUUCUUUGAUACCACCACCAUCACUUAUGCUCUCGCUUACACGCUCCCCAUUAUUCUCGUUGGCAACAUGGGUUUCAGCGUCGGUGAGGCUCAGUGUCUCGUGGCUCCCCCCUACGCUUUCGCCGGCAUUGUCAUGUUCGCAACAGCCUGGGUCGGCGACAAGUACCACAUCCGCGGUCCCAUCAUCAUCUUCAACAUGAUUCUCUGCCUCAUCGGCCUCCCCAUCAUGGGCUGGGCGACCAACCCCAACGUCCGCUACUUUGGCGUCUUCCUCGUCACUGCUGGCGCCAACAGCAACAUCCCCGCGUCCAUGUCUUUCCAGGCCAACAACAUCCGUGGUCAGUGGAAGCGCGCCCUCUGCAGCGCCACCCUCGUGGGUUUCGGCGGCGUGGGCGGCAUCGCGGGUAGUCUCGUGUUCCGCGAGCAGGACAAGCUGACGGGGUACAAGCCGGGCAUGUGGGCGUGCAUCGCGUGCUCUCUGCUGUCCAUCAUUCUGGUGCUUCUGUGUGAUUUCGAGUUCAAGAGGGCCAACACCAAGGCUGAUAGGGGUGAGAAGGUGCUCGAGGCUUAUGAUGAUGACGCUUCGCCUGAUUUCCGGUAUACUUACUAA